AUGCCUUCUACACUUGCUGCCCUUCUCUUUCUUGGGCUGUCUCUGAGCCAGAGGACCAGUACCCAGAAGCAGACUCUCUCGAAACCUGUCAUCUGGGCCAAACCCAGUUUCAUGAUUCCAAAAGGAACACUGGUGAUCAUCUGGUGUCAAGGAACUCACAAGGCCGUUGAGUACCAACUGCACUUUGAGGGAGGCCUUUCUGCCUUCAAGAGACCGGAGUCACCUGGAAUGGUGAACAGAGUAAAGUUCCCCAUCCCGUCCAUGACCUCACAGACUGCAGGGCAGUACAGGUGCUUCUAUCGAAGUGGGGAGCUCUGGUCAGAGCCCAGUGACCCUCUGGAUCUGGUGGUAACAGGACUGUAUGACACACCCACCCUCUCAGUUCAACCCAGACCUGAGGUGACCUCAGGAGAGAACGUGACCUUCCGUUGCCGCCUAGAAACAGCAACAAGCAUCUUCUUUCUGCUCAAGGAGGGAAGAUCCAGCCGCCCACAGCGCAGAGAUGGGAAUAUCCAGGCGGAGUUCCCCAUGGGCCCUGUGAGCACAGCUCACAGAGGCACAUACAGAUGUUUUGGCUCUUAUAACAAACAUACAUGGUCUUUCCCCAGUGAGCCUGUGAAGCUCCUGGUCGAAGGAGAUGCCGGGGACACCACCUUUGCGCCCACAGAACACACCUCUUCCGGCCACUGGGACUCCUACAUGUUAACCACAGAGACCCAGUUCCAGGAAGAUCCUGUCCUCUGGGAUCACAAUGCCCAGAAUCUCCUUCGGAUUGGCCUAGUUUUCCUGGUCCUGGUGGCCCUUGUGUCGCUCCUGGUUGAAGACUGGCUUCAAAGGAAGAAGCCUCAAGACAGAGCCAGCAGGGCUUCAAGUCAGGAAUGCAGGAGAAGGUUCAGAACACAAAGAGCCCUGGAGGAAUGA